AUGGAACCAGACACCCUGCGGCCUUCAGAGGAGAAGACCGAUCCUUCUGAGCGGCUGGAGAAAGCCAAGAAGCUGAAGGAAGAGGGCAAUGCGAAGUUCAAAGUGGAGGACUUCCCUGGUGCCCGCAAGGCCUAUGCUGAGGCCUUGAGGAUCACGCAGAAGAUGCCGGAAGAUCUGGCAUCCGAGACCGCAGAGCUGCGGAGACCCGUGCAGUUGAACCUAGCCCUGGUGUGCUUGCGCCUCGACCCCACUGAGCCCUUCCGUGCUUUAGAGCUUUGCGAGGAGGUGCUGGAUGCGGAGCCGGAAAAUCCCAAGGCCACCUACCGGAAGGCCAAGGCAUUGCUGGAGCUGGGUGAAGAGAAGGAGGCGGAGUUUGAGUUGGUGCGCGCAUGCAAGCUGAUGCCCAAGGACGCCACUGUGAGGAAAGAUUUGGAGGCUUUGCGGCAAAAGCUGCGAGACGACAAGGCCAAGGAACAGCAAAGCUUUCAAGGCCUUUUCGAGAAGAAUCCAGGCUUUGCCUCGGAGGGUCGAGUGAGCGAUGCCCAAAGACUGAGCAAAGCGGACGUGGAUGAUAUCUACUUCCAUGAUGGGAAGGAGAACCCCUACGAAGGCGCUGAGCGACCGGAGGAGUUAGCGCGUGACUUCCAGCUGCAAGGGCGCCUUGAAGAUGCCACUCAAGCCUAUGAGGUGGCAAUGGGCCGAAGUGCACAGGAAGAGAAUUGGCUCUCCCACUUGAGCUACGCCUUGGACUACGGUGCCCUGCUCAUGGACUUGAACAUCGAUCGCUUGGCUUUGCGGUGUUUCAAUACAGUCUUCGAACGCCCAGCAGAGCCUGAGAGCGCUGCACAACCGCUGAGGCAACAUGCCUUGCUGUUGAAGGCCAUUUGCCUCUUGAACGAGUCUUCCGAUGCUGAGGCCGACAUCUCCGAGUGCUUGGAGAAGUGGCUCCAGUUAGCACACCCAGGCGAAGCUGGCUCGGUGGUUGAAAGUUUGCAGCGUUUGAAAGAGGAGGGCAAGGGCACUGCGGACACGGUGGUGGCCUUGGGUUUGAUGCAGCUCCUCCAAAGCCAGGAGUCACUGGUGAACACCUUUGCCGAUGCAGUGAUCUUGGAUGACCUCAAGGAGGGUGACAGCUUCUUUGGUACCCAGCAGCGCAGGGCGACGAGGUGGAACAUGCUCGGUGCAGUUCUGGCCAACCGGGGCCAACCGGAAAAGGCCAUCAGUGUGUGGCGCCAAGCCUUGCAGUGUCAGCCACACUACCCCAGAGCCUUGGUGAACAUGGCCAUGUCACAGCUGAAAUGCGGCGACUUCCUGGGCGCUUGCGCCAGCCAAGCGAAGGCCUUGAAGGUCUUGCCGCCCUGGGCCACCGAGGAAAUCUGGCAGCAGCUGGAGAAGGAUCGGCUGGAGGGCUACAAAGGAAAGGAAGAGAUUUCUCAGGACUCCCAAGUUGAAGCAAAGGCAUCGGAAAAGGUGGUGACCAAUGACGAGACCGAGGUCAUCAUCAGCCGGGAGGAGAUCUCUCAAAAGUUUGGCAUGAUGAUCGACGUGGAGCCACUAGAGGACGGUGGGCAUCGCAUUAGUGAUAUCAGAGAAGGAGGCAUCGUGGACCUUUGGAACAAGCAGAAUGACACGCUUGCUCUGCGAGUGAACGACGUCCUGAUGUCAGUGAACGGCAUGUCAACCUUUGAGGGGAUGAUGGAGCAGUUUAAACAUCAGCUGUCUUGUCAAUUGAAGAGAAGGAGAAGGCCUGCACCACAGCCUCCAGCUGAAGGUCUGAAAGAAGACGACAGCGAGGCAAAGAAAGAAGCAGCAGAAUGGGAAAGGAAAAAGAUCAUCGAUAGCGAGUUUGGUUCGGGUGCCGGCGAGCGCCUCGGACGCAUCGAGAAGAUGUACCACAGAGUUGGAAGCAAUGACAUUUUCCAGGAAGAGCUUCCAACUGGACGUCGUUUGGCGCCAGGAUAUGUGGAGAAUUUGAUGCCCGUUUGUCCCUUCCAUGAUCUGAAAGAUCAUCCUUGGUGUGCUGAGUUGAAGAAGCAUUGGAAGCAAAUUAGGCAAGAGCUCAAGAAGAAUUUGGACGAGUCUCUUUGGACACCGGGUGCCUAUCAGAAAUCCAAUGAAGCAUAUGGAAAAGAUUGGAAGAUCAUGGGAGUUCUCACAGAAGAUAAAUGGCAAGAUCCAGAACGCUUCAAGGUGACCACAGGGGUGCUCAAACAGCUUCAAGGUAUCAAGCCCUUCGAAGCAUUCUUUGCAAAGAUGCCGCCACGCACAACGAUUGCGCCGCACUCUGACAAUCUCAACUAUGUUCUCACAUCGCACUUGGCUCUGGAACUUGAAGAGGGCAAGUGCUCCAUCACAGUGGGCAAUGAGGAGAAAUAUUGGAAAGAAGGUGAAAUGGUGAUUCUGGAUACCACCUUCAUCCAUUCCACGAAGAAUGAGUCCAGCCGUCCUCGCUAUGUUCUGGUGCUGCGUUUUUGGCACCCCGGGCUCACUGAGGAGGAGAGGCGGGCGAUUCACGUGUCACACAUGAUCCUGGCACGAGCCGCACAGUGA